AGCUUAAACCAGCACGCGUAGCAAGUAUCAACCGGUGGGCGUUUCACACUUCUUUUCUCUCUCAGCCUUAUCCGGAUCUAGGGUCUGCUCCAUCGUCACUCUCCUCCAUCUCUCCCUCCCCACCUCACCCUACGUCCCGAUCAGGCCUGAGAAUCCAAGAUUAGCUCAGAAGAUUUGAUUGUGUGUGUAGCGCCUUUCAGUUAUCAACCAAUUUUCAUGUCUGAUCUCGACCUCCAGAUUCCCUCCACCUUUGAUCCUUUUGCCGAGGCAAAUGCUGAAAAUUCUGGUGCUGGGUCAAAAGACUAUGUGCACAUUCGUGUUCAGCAGCGAAAUGGUAGGAAAAGCUUGACAACUGUGCAGGGGUUGAAGAAAGAAUUCAGCUAUAAUAAAAUACUGAAGGACCUUAAGAAAGAAUUUUGCUGCAAUGGAACCGUUGUUCAGGACCCUGAACUAGGCCAGGUUAUUCAGCUUCAAGGUGACCAGCGGAAGAAUGUGUCUACCUUCCUUGUCCAGGCUGGAAUUGUGAAGAAGGAACACAUCAAAAUUCAUGGUUUCUGAUCUGACCGCCAACAGCAUCCUAGUUACCAUUUGUUUUGUUGGUGCUGAAAACUCCUAUCUGAAUAAUAGUUACAUUUUGUUGUUCUAGUGAUUUGGAAAAAGUUGUGUUGUUUACCUAUUGGACUGUGUGUUUGUGUUAUGGGAUAUUAUUCUCUUCUAUUUGCAAGUAAUUAUGAUACCUACCAUCUUGUCGUUGGAGAAA